AUGGGACGCCAAGAUGAAGACGAGUACGUCACCUACACCAUGGUGAUAACACCCGCAAGUGACGGCUUCCCCGCAGAUACGGCAACGAUCAAGAUCAAGAAGUUCGCAGGAGGAUCCCCACGUGAGUGGCUUCGCUGGAGCAACCAAUUCCGUCGCCUCGCCCGAAAGAAGCAGUGGACCGAUGAGCAGAAGGCACACAACAUGGUCGCGCUUAUUGACGGCGACCUCGCAACGGAAGUCGAAGUAAUAGCUCAAGACGCAGUUGAGCACGGAAGGAAUUUUGAACAGUUCUUUACGGAUGUGGGAUUACUAUCUGUCCCGCACGACUACAGUGAAGACUUGGACAACGAACUGUGGACAAUGGUGAAACGAAGAGAUGAGACUGUGCUCAAAUUCUCGCAGCGACUCAGAGAAAACAUUCGGUUGUUUGCUGAGCUGCCACAGAAUGCUGAAGAAAUUCCGGAGGUUCAGCAAUGUCGCUACUUCAAGCGCGGAAUGCCCCGAGCAUGGCAAGAGAAGUUGUCUGCAGCAGGCGUCGUAUUCGACCACUUUAAUGAACUUGUCCUUUAUUUCACACGGAUCGAGAAAGACGAGCGACAGCCGAUCACCCGUGACAAGAAACCAAACACUAAAGAAUACAGCAACACGCAGAGAAAGAAUCAGCGCAGAGUACACGGGCAACAAGAAGGACAGAAUAACCGGCGAGAAGAGCCUGAGGAAAAGGCACGCAGUCAAAGAGACAAAUAUCACAAACACGACACUUGGUGUUCGUUCCACAAGACAGCUUCGCACAAUACGAGUGACUGUUAUACUUUGAAGAAAAAGCAAUCGGAGGAGAACAAGAAAAACGAAGCACGGUCGCAAAAACAUCGCACACCGAACCCAAAGUACCCCCGCAUCUCAAGAAGAGUUAAUCUUGACAACGAAUCGGAGUCAGAGUCGGAUGCGGCAGGGGAAGAACAAGAGCUCAAGUUCGUUGGUUUAGUGGAAAAGGACAGAACAGUCUCCAGUGCGCCAUUACGCAUCAUGGUCAAGCUGCAUCGCAAUCAAGAUGCUACCGAAGCCCUGCUCGACAGUGGAGCAUCGAAGAGUAUUGUCAAUGGUGCGACACUUGCUGGUAUUGUGAAGCUGGGUCGACAGAAUGUUACGACAUCCUCCACUAUCUUUGACACUAUGCGCGGCGCAGUACCAAGCAAUGGAACGGUGGUGACACAGUUCUUCUUCCCACAACUAAAGCCAGAGACAAUCAUCACGCACCAAUUCGAAGUGAUCAAGUCGAGCAGCGAUAACAUGGUUAUUGGAAGAGAUGUCAUGAACGCACUAGGCCUGGUUUUGAACUUUAAAGACAGGCUGGUGCAAUGGGACGACUGUUUGCUCCGGCUUAACACAGGGCAAGAGAAAGCGAAAAGACCCAAGUUGGACAACGAAGACCUCGAGUUUCAAGACGAAAUGAAGGAAACACCCACAACUGGAGUCCAGCCAGAGACUUUCCUGCCUCAUCAUCUUGACCCUAACAUGAAGGCUAAAUGCUUGGCAUUACUAGUCGAGUACAAAAGGCUUUACGACGGACAUCUCGGAAGAAUGCGCUUUCCCGACUACGAGCUGCCUAUCCAACCGGAUUACAAGCCUGUUCAUGCGAAGGCCUACCCCAUCGCGCGCAGCCAGGAAAACAAAGCCAAGGAGACCAUUCAGCGGCUUAUCAGUGCUGACGUUCUAGAGCAAAUUUAUGACGCGGAGAUGGCAUCACCCGCAUUUUUCGUCUCCAAGCCAGAUGGAUCACUGCGUCUGCUAAACGACUAUCGUGGGCUUAACAAGUAUCUACGAAGGAGUCCAUACUACGUCCCGCGCAUUAGAGAAAUCCUUAUGCGCUUGUCCAACGCAAGGUGUCUUUCAACGUCCGACGCAAACCAUGGAUACUAUGCCAGAAGACUAGCUCGAACAAGCCGCCCAUUGACAGCUUUUUGUUUGCCAUUCGGCAAAUACCAGUACAAGCGACUACCGAUGGGUAUAUCGACAGCCCCUGACGAAUACUAA